AUGCCUGCCGCCUCACCCUCUCCAGCGCCUUUCAAGGUGCCACAGCAGACCACACCCGCGCGGAGUCCAGUACAAGGGCCCCCUUCUCAGUCCAACCCCCAAAUCCCACCGGGGAGCGGCGGCGGGACGCCCUUCCCCUCCCGCUGGGCGCACCCGAGGCAGGGGGUCAGCCGCCCUAUCCCCGGGAGAGCGGCCAUUUCUGGUGACCCGGCCGGACAGCUCCCCAACCCCCCCCCCCCCGCCUUCCCCGCACCCCCCAACCAAGCCGCGGCACACGCCGGGAGUUGUAGUCCUCGCCCCGCUUCCCCAACCCCACGACCUACUUCACCCCCGCACUACGCCUCCCGCGGCCGGCCCGGCCCGGCGCUGGCUCAGCUGGGGCAAGACACGAAAAUUUUCCACAGCACAUGCGCUCUGGCGAGCCCCGCCCGCCCCGGCGCUGCCCACGGCGGCGAACACGCCCCGCGGCCCGGAGCUCGCCGGGCAGCCGCCCCCUUCCUCCCUGCCUCUCCCUCCCGGCAGGGACGGGGAGGCGCGUCCCCACCCCCCCGGCAGCCCUCCCCUUCCCCCCCCAGCUGCGGGACGGAGCUCGGGGGGCCACAAGCCCCGUGCCUCGCCGUCGUCCCCCCCCCCCUCCCGCUCCCUGUCCCCGUGCCCCUCGGUGGGGCACGGAGGGGCCGCAAACAAGGUCCCCAGAGGAGCCUUUCAACCGAGGAGGGAAAGGUCCCCCAGAAGGGCGAGCUGCUGGAGCCGCGCAGCCGGCGGGGCACCGCGGCGACCCCCGAGGCCCGGAGGAGGGAGGUGGGGGUGCAACAUCCCCGACUUCGCUCCCCCUUCCCCCUCCCCACCCCCCCCCAGCCCCCACCUGAACGAAACCCACGGCUCGACAUUCCCCUGCAGGCGAAUGAGCGCUCCAGAGGGGCGGCCGGGCCCCCCUCGGCCGGACCCCCCUGCACGGAGGAGAAGGGGCUUCUCCGCCGGGAGAGGGGCUGGCGGCGCCCAGCCCAGCCCCAGCAAGCGCCUUUGUUGUCGCCGGGCUUCUCCCCCCCCCCAAGAGCCCGCGGGGACUGGAUCCACCGAACGGGAAGGCAGAACACCCGGGCGACGUCCCCCCCCGUCCCCGCCACCGCCCCCGGGCCCAGCGACUCUCCCCGAAGCUGCCGGGGCUCUGCCGCACCCCACCCCGGCACCCCCCCCAUCGGACUGGGGUGUCAGAACAAAAUGGUGAACUGGGGCAUCGCAAAACAUCCCCGACCCAAUGACUUUCAUACUCCCCCCUCCGCACCCCUCGAAGCCCCGUCAAUCCCCCCACGGGCCCGGCAGCCGCACGGGGGCUCCGCGGCCGGAGAAAUCGCCUCAGCCGGGAGGAGCGGGGGGCUCUGGAGCUCCCUCAGGCCGAGCCCACAAAGGGGAUGCGGGCUGGGGGGGAGGCACCCAGCCCGGGAAAGGGGGGGGGGAGGGAAGCACCCCCGGCCCCACUUACUUCGUCCUCGCCUCCAGGGCCGGCGGCGGCUGCCAGGGUCGGCGGGCACGGCCAGCGGAGCCCGGGCGCUGCGUGCCAGCCUCUGCCCCGCUCCGUCCCCUCCCCGCUCUUAUCCCCGGCGGUGCGUUUACCUCCGCGGGGCGGGCCCGGGGACUGCGGCGCGGGCCAGAGGUGGUGAUGGACGCCGGGCGGUGGGGACGCGGGUGCCGAUGCCUGUCGCCGCCUGUGCCGCCUCGCCCCGGCCCGCCGGCCCGCCCGCCGCCGCCCGCGCCCUGGCCCCAACUGAGCCAACUCACGGCAAACUUUCACCCUUAGCAACCCCGCGCAGGGAUCCGCGCUCCCGCCCAGCGUGA